UUAAUGGAGAACUCCGAAUCUCCGAUCCCAAUAGAUUAUGUGUGAGCAGCUGACAAAACUCAAGUAUACUAAACCUGUGAUCCUUCCACCUUUUAAAUGUGUGAGGGUUUAACAUUUCUGGUUGAUUUUGCUCCAUAAUUUCUGCUUGGCUGGAAACAGAUAGACAACUUACAACAAGUAGAAAGAGAAAAGAGAAUAUAUUUUGAGAGAGACUUUGAUUUGAAUGGUCCACAAUAUAUAUGGUGCCUUUUGAGUUAUUGAUGAAAUUGACUACCAUUUGUUCUUGAGCAGAUACUAAAAAACCUAGAUGGAUUAUCUGGGUUCGAUUCAAGCCUACAAAGAUGCAGCUGGAAUUGCAGGGAAUAUCUUUGCUUUUGGACUAUUUGUAUCUCCCGUGCCUACGUUUAGGAGAAUUAUUAGGAACGAGUCAACAGAGCAGUUCUCGGGGCUGCCUUACAUCUAUGCUCUCUUGAACUGCUUGAUCACUGCUUGGUAUGGUUUGCCAAUGAUCUCGACUGACAACUUGCUUGUCACAACGGUCAAUUCAGUUGGCGGAGUUUUCCAGCUAGUGUACAUCGCUAUCUUCAUAGUACAUGCUGAAAAGAAUAGAAAGAUGAGGAUGUUAGGGCUGCUUUUGUCAGUUUUCGUAGUGUUUGCAGCUAUUGCAGUGGGAAGCUUGCUCAUGAGCGACUUUGAAGUCCGCCAUCUGACCGUUGGCUUUCUAAGCUGUGCUGCCCUCGUAUCUAUGUUUGCUUCACCGUUGUUUAUAAUCAAUUUGGUGAUCAGAACAAAAAGCGUUGAAUUCAUGCCGUUUCAUCUGUCCCUCUGCACGUUCUUGAUGAGCACAUCGUUUCUCUUAUACGGAUUAUUCAAUUUCGAUCCAUUUAUAUACGUCCCCAAUGGGAUUGGAACUGUUUUGGCAACAAUACAAUUGUGUUUGUUCUGGUAUUACACAACGCCAUCAACAAGAGAUUCCACACAGCCAUUAAUAGUUUCCUAUUCUGGUAGUGGUGCCUGAAAAAAGGUAAUGUAUGUUUGGUUGCAGCUUCAACUAUGAAUUGAUUUUAAAUUAUUUGGAAAUUAACACUCAACUCUUUCCCAUUCAAAUAUUGAGCUAGACCCUGCAAGAUUGUUUGUACAUUGAGUGUCAAAGGACAAGAGUCGAGCUCAACGAGUCAUCUUCAGGCCCGGCUUCUCUGUAUAUUUGAGGCUGGCACUUGAAAAAUGGUUUGGUUGUCCUAUUCUUUUUCUUUUGUUUUACGUUUUAUUCAUCACUAUUGUCAUAUUCCAUUUCAGAGUUCAUUUUUUGGUAUUUGGUGUUAAGUAGCAUAUAUACGUGUGAAUCUUAUGGAUUUGAACACAUUGCUUGUCCAUGUAUGGAUGUUCUUCAACUUCCUCAUUUAUCAACGCAGUAUUUUUGGGA